AUGUCAAGCCACAUCAUCGCAAGCUUUCAACCGGCAAAGGAAAGGUUAGUCAGUCUUCUUAAAGAAGUAAAUCAACUGGAGAUCAAAUCUCCAGAUCCAAGUAUGACAAUAGAAGAAAAAGAAGAUUUUUAUGUGAUAAGAAAAAGAGUGUUAGAAGAUAAACUUCGAAGAAUCCAAUUAUGCGUAACUACGCUUGAAUCUAUCAACGAUAAAUGGUUCACAUAUACUCAACAAAUCGUCACGAUAAAAAGAAGAGAAGAAGAGGAAGAAAAAUACAAAACAGUAACAGAAGGUGACCAAGGAAUAUUUCAAUUAUUACACGAAGGAAAGGAAGCUGUAAUAACACUGACAAUGCACAAGGAUGAAGUCGACCAAAACUUAAAACAACUCUCAAAGGAGUUGACGAACAAACAAGCAAAAGAAGAAGCAAAAUUUACUCCUUCUUCAAAUAUUAAUGUAAAUCUUCCUCAUUUAUCGCUCCCUACUUUCGAUGGAGACCCUAGACAAUGGCGACAAUUUUGGAGCAGUUUUAACGCAGCAGUCCACACACAAGCGAUUCCAGAAAUACAAAAAUUGUAUUACUUGUACUCAUGUCUUAAAGGAAAGGCUCUACAAGCAAUAUCUGGAUAUGAUAUAGCUCCAGAGAAUUAUGAAGUCAUCAGAAAACUGCUCAAUGAAAAAUAUGGCGAUCACUCAAUAGUAACAACAUUACUAUACAACGAACUCCAAUCAAUUAAACGAAAUGAAAGAGAAUGGAUUGGAACAAUUGAAAAUAUAGAACGAGUACUGCGCCAGUUAGAAGCUCUAGGAGAAAGCCUUGAGCAUUCAAAUAUUGAAAUCUUGAUCGAGAGCAAGUUGCCAUUAUGGAUAUUAAAUAAAAUAUAUAAACAUAAGAAGAAGGACAUGCCUUGUUCAAUUCUCAAACUACGAAACUUUUUAACAAGUUUAGUUAAUGUAAAUGAACAGAUUAGAAACUGUCAACAUUCACUCACACAGCUCAAUAUUAAAUCUACAACUACCAAACAGGAACAAAAACAACGAUACAAUCCCGGAGGAACUUCAGCACUGUCGACAAUAAAGGAUAAUCAAAAUACUUCAAAAACUACAACAACGAAAAGACGACCAUGUGUAUUUUGCAAUCAAGAUCAUUGGGACAGCGAUUGCAUGAACUACACGACUCUCAAUGCUCGACUUAUUCGUCUCAAAGUAUUGAAGAAAUGUACUAUUUGUCUUAGAGACAGUCACAAAGGACAGAAUUGUAAUGUCAAAAAACAAUAUUUUUAUUGCAAAAGCUCACAUAAUAGUGCUUUAUGUAAUAAAAGGAAUUCACUUUCUUUAAACAAUACAAUGUCUCAAAGAAAUGAAGAGCAUGAAAGAAUUGGACCUUCGAAACGAAAGGAUUGUUCAACUUCUCUCUAUAACUUCACAUUAACAACUCAAUCCAAACAGACAAAGGAAACCUUACUUUUAUGUAAGGAGAUAAAGGUUUUUAAUCCAUCACAACCUCAACUACAACAAAAUACCCUUGCAUUAUUUGAUAUUGGAUCGCAACUCUCCUUCAUCUCCAAAAAAUUAUCACGUCAAUUAAAGUUAACCGAAACAGAAACUCAAAUUAUGAGAAUAGCUCCAUUUGGUAUGAAAGAACCGAAAUCAUGUCCCACUGCUCGCAUACAACUAAAUGUGCUAACUACCGAAAGCGAAAUCAUACAACUACAAGCAAAUAUAAUUGAUUAUCUAACAAACGAACUGCAGGUAGUGGAGACAUCGAAUGAAUUUCAAAUUCAAAAUUUGACAAAUUAUUGGAAAAACCUGACGUAUUGA